AUGGACACGCCGUCUCAUUUCUUCAAUGACUGCAUCGACUUUGAAGACCCAAUCUCCUACCACAGUCCAGAGCAUGAUGCAGCAGUAGACCGCGGUGGCGCCAUGCAUUCGUUCCAGCCGUGCAACGGGAAAAUAGGUCUCGACAGCUCGCCCACGUCCGCGGGCGAUAGAGGCUUGGACUCGAGGCCAUGCGCGUGGGACGACUUUGCCGAGCACAUGGGAGCUAUGCCAGCUGACCACAGGCCAAUGUUUGUCGACCCCGGACUGUACGGCGGUGAAAGCGAGAACGAAGACAUGCAGAUGCAGGCCCUGUCCAUGGACAUGUCCCGGCCCUCCACUCGGAGAACAUCGAGCAGCAAGUCGAGCUCGCAGAGGACUACAAAGUCGGCCAGCGUGUCGGCAGACACCACCCCACCAGAUCAGGGCCCGCCCAAGAAGAACAAGUCGAGGAAAGCCAAGAAAGAGGUCGGCAUGGAGGACGAGCACAAGAGGAACAAGUUCCUCGAGCGAAACCGCGUGGCUGCCAGCAAAUGCCGAGAGAAGAAGAAGAAGUUUGUCUCUAGCUUGGAGGAGAACAAAAUCGGCCUCGAAGCGCAACACGCACAACUACUGAUAGAGUAUAACGACUUGGAUAGCGAGGUCAAAGGCCUGAAGUAUCACUUGAUGGCCCACGCCAAGUGCAACGACCCGAACAUUGACCAGUGGCUCAACAACGAGGCCAGGCGGAUUGUCCAAACCUCCAACGAGCCUUUCGGCCCGUCAUUCGCCAACGCCAACUUCGGCCAGGCUAGCCAGUCUGGGAUAUCAACCAGCUCUCCGAGCAGCCGAAACCCCAGCAUCGCCUCAGCUUACCAAGCUCUGCAAGGUGUCCAGUUUGAUAGCAUUGGCCCGGGGGAGAGACAGGGCAGUAUGGCCUACACUAACGGGCCUUCGUUCUACACGCCACCCACCGAUGGUGGAUUCCCUAGCCUCAGUUCUCCCACUUUCAAGAGAGAGCCGGGCAUCAACUAUGACCAUAUGCCUGACGCAAUGUUCAGUCCUGAGCAUUCAACAUUUGGAGGAUGA